ACAGGAACGAGGAAAAACACAGACAGGGAAAAACACAACACAAAGACAAUACAAAUAUUAAAAGUGCUCAAAUAUACCUGGGGAUUUAGUUUAACUUUUCAAGCUCUGUAUUAAACUUUAUUUUACUCAAACACAUCUGUGUAUAAACAUGACAUACGGACAUUAACUAAUGCAUUGAAGAGGAGCUGAAAGUUUAAGACUCCCAACAGCUUUGUGCAGAAUUGUUUAGGACAGGAUGGAUGGAGAGCCAGCAGAUGGCGCUAGACUCCUACAGAAGUUUAAACUACAGCUGAUAGAUGCUCUGUGUGGAGAUCCUGACUUUCUGCUCCAGCACUGCCAUUCAUCCCGCUUACUGACCCAGAUGCAAUAUGACAACCUCAAAAACACUGCGAUGCCGUGGGAUAAAGCUCGGGACAUUCUGGACUGCAUGAUGAAAAAAGAUCGGAAAAGGGUAGAGAAAUUCCUGAGUAUUUUAAAGGACAAAGAGAUACAGGAGGCAUUUCCUAAACUGGAAUUUCUCCGCAAGGUUCCUCUAAGAAAAUCGAUCACUACAGGGAGGAAGAGGAAAAAAAGCAAAGAAAAGGAACCAGAAGAAGAUGUUCCCAGAAAUCACACAUGCAAAGUUAAAAAAAGAGACAGGACGGUGACGGAGAAGCAGCUCAUGAAGGUUGCUCGCUACAUCGGUGCUAACUGGAAGGAGGUGGGCAGGGUGGCGCUGGAGAUCCCCAGCAUCAGGCUGGAGCAGAUCGUAGAGGAGAACCCACACAACCUCAAAGAGCAAGUCUUCUGCAUGCUGCGUCUCUGGAGCAUGAGAGAGAGGCAUAACGCAUCGGCCACUCGUUUGCAUGAGCUCCUCAGACAGGAGGAAAUCGGGAGCAUUGACUUCCUGCUGGAGGACAGCUAGAACUAGCAUUACUGCUUUCUGUUCUUAUCUCAUAUGCAUUAGUAAUGUAGAUUUGUGAUGAUUUUAAGCCCCUGUAAAUAUAUCAUGGGGUCUCAGAAUAGCUAGACUGAAACAUUUCCAUGCUUGAGUUUUAUUAUAUUUUUAUUUUAUUUGCUGUUCGUCGGUCCACAUGAUGUUUCUGACCUUCUGAGAAGUUUCCAUAUGUGCAAAAAAAAAGUAUAAAAUUAUGUGUUUUUGAAUGUUUAUAUACAUACAUUUGUAGUUUUGUACUGAUUGCAGAAAAAAUAUAAAGAAAAUCUUUCUCUCA